GACGCCCGGGAGCUGCUGGACAUGGAGAUGAGGCUGGAGCUGGACGUUCUGAUAUUCCCAGACGAGGUGAGGGUGGCCACUCCGGAGGACCUCCUGGAGUGGGAGCUGGAGACGGCCAGCCAGGCGUCCAUCCCCACCGUCCGUCUCUUCGUGGCCCUCUACCCCUACAACCCCGCCGCCAUGUCCCCCAACUACGAGACGGCUGCGGAGGAGCUGCCCUUUGUGCCCGGUCAGAUCAUCAAGGUGUUCGGGGACACGGAUGCUGAUGGCUUCUACCACGGCGAGUCCGGGGGUCUCUCCGGUUUCGUGCCCAGCAACAUGGUGGCUGAGAUCCCGGUGGACGACGAGUACCUGAAGCAUCUUCUCUUGCAGCAGGGCUUCCUGCCUGUGGACCACACAGGGAUGUCGUUAAGCUCGAGUCUGAGCGACACGAGAAGUGUUCCUGAUGACGUGGUCGUUCGGAGAAUGGUGGCCUUGUUCGACUACGACCCGUGGGAAAGCUCGCCCAACUCGGACAGCGACGCUGAGCUCGGCUUCCGAUCGGGAGACAUCAUCUACGUGUUGGGUGACAUGGACCCAGACGGGUUUUAUUACGGAGAUCUUCACGGUCGACGAGGUUUGGUUCCAUCGAACUUCCUGCAGCCGUUACCCUGGAAUUAGAAAAAAACAACUACCAAAUGCCAAGUUUCAGCUUUUAUUAACUACCAGCUCAAAAUGUGUUUUAUUUUUAUAAAAUAGUGUAAUAAGGAUUUCACAUCAAGCAGUUUGUCAGAUACGUCCCUUUAUUAGGUUUCAAGAAAGAAAAUCACAUUUUGUGCGUAAAUGAUGGUAAAAACACAAAUUAUAUUAUUUUAAAACACAAAAAUACAAAUGAAUGUUUUUAUUUGUUAGCUGAAUUUUAUUCAGACUCACAAAAAACUAAACAGAGAAUGAAAAUAAAAGAUUUUAGCCUUAAAAAUACACUUUUAAUCUCAGUUUUAUGCAGACCAGAGUGUAUAAAUAUAGUUUCUUAAUGCCUUAUGUUAAUAACUUUCUGUGUAGGAAGUAAUAAAAAUGAGAUUUGUAAAGUAAAAACUUUUUUACACUUUUUAUUCUGCUUUCUAGUUUUGCACCGUUAACAACAAACCUACAUAAUAUUAAAAACGUUGAGCUGGUUUUCUUCCUCCUCUGUCCUCUGCAGCCAAC